AUGGACGAUUUUAUUGAAGAUUUGGGUGUCGUAGAAGUUGCCAGUGUUCUUAUUUUCCGUCAUUCUGUGGGUCUGGCAUUUUACAACAGCGGAACAUGUCAGGUGAACUGUUGUGAAACUUCGAUUUCUCGUAGUCGUACGGAUGAAGUACCUAUUCGGAGUUUUAUGGAUAUUCCUUCUGAUUUGAUGUGGGUGUCGCAAUUUUUGACAGUUAUGCGACCUCAAGUGUUACUUGUUCCUUCGGCAGGUUCACAGGUUUUGCUGGAUGUGGCUGAACUCUGCAGUGCGAGUGUUCGUCUAACAGCGCCCCGUGAGUUUGAUGAAUGUCGUAUUUGGGAAAUCCUUUCAGCUUUUUGGGCUGAUGUGACGAGAUUAGAGUGGCAUUCGCGUAUAUGUCCUCAAAAUCACGUGAUGUUAAUGGCCUUAUGUGCACUAUUGUCUUAUUUACAACACAAUGAAUCCCCUGUCGCGGAUGUUGUUGAAGUUCCCCCUCUUGGAUUAUUUUAUGUUGAUCAUGAUACACUUUUGGGAUUGCAGUUGCUUAGAACAGAACCUCAUCCAAUGGAUUUUCAAGGUAUUGGUCGUUCAAAGGAGGGACUUUCACUUUUGAGUGUAGUGGAUCGUACGUGUAGUCAGUUGGGCAAGUCACUUCUUCGUCAAUGGUUUGCUCUUCCACUUCGAGAUGAGGAAGAGUUACAACGGCGAUAUGAUGUGGUAUCAUUUUUUACAAAACCAGAAAAUUUUGAAUUAAUGAAACAAUUACGCCGUUCAUUGCAGAGAAUAAGAUAUCCCAGUAGUAUUUUUACUAAAAUGCGAGCUGCAAAACACACAUUGAAUGACUAUGAAUCACUUUUACGUUCUAUAAAGGGUUAUUUACGUGUUGCUUCACUUCUUUCACCACAAGCACAUAUACUUCCUACAUUCCUUCGUAUAGUUGCGAGUUGCCAAAUAUCUCAAUUGGAAGAAAUGAGUCGUCUUAUAAAUGAAGGGAUUUCAUUUUCUCGUGAUCCUAGUGAAGCGCUAAGUAAGACUUGUGUUCAUAUUCUUCCUGGAUUUGAUUCAGUACUUGAUGAACUUCGAAUACACUCUGCUAGACUUGAUGAAGUGUUAACUACAGUUGCACAAGAAGAGAGUCGAUCUUUACCACCAGAAUUUGGACCUUGUACUGUGGUCUGCGUAUUUAUUCCACAAUGGGGUUACGUUAUUACAGUCCCUCAUUUUACAUAUCAUACUGGAGAAAAUAUUAUUCCUCCUAAUUGGGAAUUAUUACUUCAAAGUGAUGAGGGAUAUUUUUUUAAAACACCCUUAACACGUUUAAAGGAUGAAGAACUUGGGGAUGUUCGUUCAGCUGUUCUAGAUCGUGAAGGUGAAAUUCAAAGAUUUUUAGAUCGACGUUUACUAGAACUUUCUCCCGCAUUAAUUCCUUUAUAUCAUUGUGCUGAACUUGAUUGUUUAAUGGGAUUUGCAAUGUGUGCAUUAGAAGGACAAUGGAAUCGUCCAGAGAUUGUACAAGAGGGUGGGGUUCUUGUUAUUGAUCGAGGGGUUCACCCUAUAUUUGCACGUGCAUCUGUACAUCAGGUAGUACCCUAUUCACUUACAAUCCGAAAUAGUACCCAACGUAUUUGUGUGGUAACAGGAGCUAAUGGAAGUGGAAAAUCUGUUUUCAUUACAGCUGUAGCACAAACAGUGUUUUUGGCUCAUAUUGGUUCUUUUGUACCUUGUGUUCAUGCUACUAUUGGUCUUACCGAUACUGUGAUGUCACUCCAAACAGCUUCUACUGGUAGUUCUCGUGGAAAAGAUUUAUCCUUUACUGCAAAGGAACUUCACUCUAGUUUUGGUAGUGAAUUAGUGUCUAUGAGUCGAAUGCUUCAACGAUGUAGUAGUCGUAAUAAGGAAAAUGAGAUUGGUUCUAGACGUUCUUUAUUCGUUUUAGAUGAAUUUGGAAAAGGAACACUUUCAAUGGAUGGUGCUGCAUUGUUAGCUGCUUCCAUUCGAUCCUUCAUUGGAAUGGGAGAUCAGCGACCUAUAGUACUAUUGGCUACUCAUUAUUCAGAGAUUAUUCAUCCAGAUCUUGUACCAAGAGAUGAAAUUUUGUUACUAGAAAUGCUGACAACUCUUUCAGGAAUUUCUCACAAGAAAAAACAUGAAACAAACGAAUAUGAUGAAUUUAACAUUGGUGAACAACAACUUGUGCAUUCCUAUCGUGUUGAACCUGUACAGGGUACUGAUCGAAAUGAUUUUUCACAGAAAAAUAGGAUAACUUCUCAUGCUUUACAUUUUGCACUUCAACUUUCUGUUCCGGCUUUUUUGGUGCAACGUGCUUGGGAAGUAAUCAUUACAGAGGAAUUGUGA